AGACAUUAUAAUACUUACAUAAAGAAGAUGAUAUAGAAAGACGAGUAAGAAUAGAGAUAAUAAUGUAAAAUUACAAAAAGAAGCCAAAUUAUUGAUGAAGUCAAAUAAAAAAAAACUGAAGUGAUUGAUAAGGAUUUAUUAAAAUGUAACAAUAUUUAAAGUUAAACAAUUAUUUGAUGAAAGAAAUUAUGAAGAAGCCCUUUUAGAGAUAGAAGAAAAAAUCAAGCAGAAUGAACUUCUCAAGGAAAAUAAGAAGAAUAAUGAUGAAUUAUUAAUGCAUAAAUGUAGAAAUUUAUUUCAACUACAAAAGCAAUUGUUUUAAUAUAAUUAGAUAAAUAUGAUGAGUUUCUGGAAUGUAUUAAUCAAGCAAUUACUUUAAAUCCAAAAAAUGAAAAGCUUCUUUAUCACAAAGGUAUAAUUUAUCCACAAAUUAUUUAAGGGAUAACGUUAGUGAAGUUAGAUUAAUAUUAAUAGGCUUUUUAAUGUUUUGAUGAAGCAAUAAAAAUCAAUCCUGAUAAUUAAGCAUCUCUAAUUUACCUAGGUAAAGAAGUUUAUUAUUUCAAUAUAGGGAUAACACUAGAAGGUAUAUAUAAUUAUAAUGGGGCUUACAAAUGUUAUAAUGAAGCUUAGAAGUAUGAUCAGAAUUUUUAGUUAUUAAAUAUUCUGAAAGGUAUUAUUCAAUUCAAUUGUAAUUUUAGCUUCAACAUUAUUUUCAAUCUAACAAUACAAAUAGAAGUAAUAGGUAGAAAAUAUGAUGAAGCUAUUGAAUUGUGUGAUAAACCAUUUUCGAAUACUGAUUUGGAUAAAUUUGCUUAUACUACCAAAGGUAUCAUAGAUUAAAGUAAAUUUAAGGAAGGGCAUUACUGAUGAAACUUAGAUACGAAGAAGUUAUUAAAAUUUGUGAUAAAGUAAUACAAAUAGAUGAAACUUUAGCUGAAGCCUAUGAUAUCAAAGGUAAGAUUAAUUAUAAAUUUAUUUCCUUUUUGGAAGGAUCUUAGCAAGUUUAUUGAGGCCUGAGGAAGCGAUUUAAUAAUGCCAAAAAGCCAUUCAAUUAGAUUCGAAAAAUUAUGUACCUUAUUCUACCAUAGGUAAAUAAUUAUUGAAGGUUAAUUUAGCUGGCGCACUAAUUUAAUUACGCCGCGAAGAAGAGGCAAUUGAAUAUUGUGAAAUGUCACUUAAGAUUAACCCAAGAGGCGAUAUAGCUCUUGGCAAUAAGGGUAUCACUAAACUAUAUAAUUAAGGAAUUGCAUUAUUUGAUUUAAAUAGGUUUGAAGAAGCUGUUGAGUGUUUUGACUAGGCCCUUUCUAUAAGAUAGAAUCAUCCUAUAAUAAAUUUACUAAUGGGUAUACUUUAUUUUGAAUAAUCAUUUAGGAACUGCUUUAGCGGAAAAUAAUAUGUAUAUACCCAUAUUCAAUUUAGAAAUGGAAGAAUGAAGAGGCCAUUGAGACUUUUGACUAAUUAAUUUCAUUAGAGCCAAAUAAUUAUUAAGCAUUUUAUCAAAAAGGUAAAUGUGUAUUUUACAAUUUUAGGAAGGUCUCUAAUUAAUUCAGGUGGAUUUGUGGAGGCAAUUGUAUCUUUAAAUAAAGCCCUUAAACUCAAUUCAAAUGUUUUUUCAAUUUGGAAUUCUAAGGGUAUAUUAAAUUUGACUAAAAAAUUAGGAAGAUUGCUAUUGAAUAUGAAUAGAUACGAAGAGGCUAUUCUAUGUUUUAAAACUUUAUUUUAAUUAAACUCAAAUGAUAAUGUAGCUAUUGAAUAGAUUAGUAAAAUUUAUAAUCUUAAAUUUUAGGAGAGACAUUAGAGAGUUUAAAUAGAAUUGAAGAAGCCAUUGCUUUCAUUUCUUAAGCUGUAAUAAAUAAUCCGCAAUCUCAUGUUUCAAAAUUUUAGAUGGGUAUAUUUUAAAUCUUAUAAUUAAAGCAAAAACUUUAUUAAGAAUCGGGAGCUUUGAAGAAGCCUUGAUUUUUUCACAAUAAGCCUUAAGUAUGUAACCUUAGAAUCAAUAGUAUUUACAGCUUUAUUGUAAUUAUUUAUAUAAUCUUUAGGCAAAGUUGUAUUUAUGUAGUAAUUGUCAAAAGGAUGUUUGGAAAAAAAUGAAUAAGGGAAUUGA